AUGGCAGCACCUUGCUCCGGUGGUGGUGGCCGCCGCUCCGACGACGUGUCGACCGCGGCCUUGCCGCUAGCCGCCGCCGCCGCGCCAAAGACCGCGACCACUACGACGACUAAUACUACUCCGUCGAAAAUGCCACCGCUGCAGCGUCUGUCCGGCGGACCGCGUCUGGCGGACACUCAGGUGGCGGCUGCGGACAAGUCGCACCGGCGCAAGAUAUCGUUGCCGUGGUUCAGACAGACGAGCACGUCUACCGCCGCGGCCGCGCUCGCCCGGCAACACACCAUCGACACGCCGGGCUCGUACAGGCACCGUAGUUCGACAGCCACGCGAUCCUCUGCCGCGUCCGUACAGAACUCGGGCGUGGAGAUGACGUGGGUGAUCUCGGAUUUCACGGCCACGGCCGCUGGCCAGGUUACUGUCGCCAAAGGCCAGCAGGUCGAGCUCUUGGACUGCUGUGGUGGUACGAGUGAAAUGGUUUUGGUGCGCGUACCGUCUGACUGUACCGAAGGAAUGGUGCCGCAUAUUGUACUCAAGCAACCACCGUCACUGAAGUCGCCGCAAGCCACAGAAACCGUUUCUGGAGAAUGUGUGGAUAACCCCUCCUCUGCCGUUGCAGCAUCUUUGGUUUGCAAUAACUCACCGGUGACCAAAAGACGAGUUUUCAGCGGGAGGAUGUGGAUCCCACAACCUUUGAGGAAAUUCAGCAACGGCAGCAAAGUCGACAAAAACCACGUGCAGUCAUCGGCCAAAAAGGGAUCAGAUAAAAAAUACAAAUCGCCCGUCAGCGAAUCCACCAAAACUUUGCCGAACGAAGACGAACAGAACGGUGAAGAACCGGACGACGAUCUCGAAUUGCCACCACCCAUGAAACCCAUUUCCGAGUCGAUUUUGGUGAACGCCUCCGACUCGGCCACAGUUCCCUCACAAAGAACUUCGGGACUGUCAGCGGAAGUGACGGCCUCGUCUUCAGCCGAUUUGGCCGAAAUCGAACAGAUCGUCAAAGAUAGAAUGGAACAACACACCACCACCGCAGCAGCCGCCGCCGCCGCAGCCGCAGCAGCUGCCGCUACCGCGGCCUCCACCACCAACCCCACCAAUUUCUCCACCGACAAGAUGAGUGGUGAGUUGAGACUGAAAAAUGACGACGUCGAGUGCGAAGAGGCGUUACACAAACGGGAGUACGUGAUGAGAGAGCUGGUCGAGACCGAACGGGACUACGUCAGAGACUUGUCGCUUGUGGUUGAAGGCUACAUGACCGUGAUGAGAGAUCCCGAGGCAGCUGGCUGUGACAUCCCCAUGCCUGAAGAUUUGAGGUCUGGGAAAGACAAAAUGAUCUUCGGCAACAUCGAACUCAUCUACGAAUGGCACAGAGACGUAUUCUUGGCGGCCGUUGAGCGAUGUCUCACCCGACCGCACGAGCUCGGCAAGCUGUUCAAAAAAUACGAACGCAAGCUUUUGAUGUACGUGGUUUACUGUCAGAACAAGCCAGUUUCCGAAUACCUCGUCUCUGAUCAUAAUGAUUAUUUCGAGGAAAUGCGACAGUUUCUAGGCCACAAGCUCCAGCUAAGUGACAUCCUCAUCAAGCCUGUGCAGAGGAUUAUGAAAUACCAGCUGCUGUUGCGGGACAUGUUCAAGUACACAGAGCGGGCUAGGUUGGCAGACGAGAUGGAAGCUCUUCGGCAAGCUAUGCACGUCAUGCAAGUAGUGCCCAAAGCAGCCAACGACAUGAUGGACGUCGGUCGGUUGCAAGGUUUCGACGGCAAAAUCACCGCUCAGGGCAAGCUACUGUUACACGGCAUGCUGACGUGCGCCGAGGGUCCCAGCCUCAACCCGAAUAGAGUACCACCGCACAAGGACCUGCACGUAUUCCUAUUUGAGCAAAGUAUAAUACUCAGCGAAGAAAUGCGCAAGAAGGCGCAGUUCAGCAGUCCAGUGUAUGUUUACAAGGCCCACAUACAGGUGAACAAAAUGACACUGGAUGAGAGGCACGGUUCGUCCAGCAGUAACUCGUCUGAUGACUCGUCCGAUGGGUCGUUCAUCAUCAAAUCCACCGACCCCAAGAGGCCACCACUGUGGUUUGUGUGCCAUGCGCACAGUGUCGAAUCACGUUCUGAAUGGUUGCAGAACCUCAGGCAAAUACUCCAGACGCAACAGGACUUCCUGAAAGCUAUACAGUCACCCAUAGCGUAUCAAAAAGAACAGACGAAAGAAGCCAGUUAG